AUGAACUAACAAAUAUCUAAACUUAAGGCUCAGGCAUUACUGGAUACUAAUGAAAAUAGAAAAUCAAGUUCAUUGAGAAUAUUACUUCCCAAGAUAAAUAUGUAAAGAUACAGUCCAAGAGAAACUGGAUCUCAUAAAAAUGAACAAUCAAAAUAUUAAUGUGAUUCACUCCCUAGUCUCAAAUGUUAAUAUCAGAGGAAUGAAAUAGCAAUAAAAAUUGAUUAAUCCUAAAUCUUUACACCUCGAUCUUUUGGAACUAUAUAAGGGAGAACUAACAUUACUGAUGAUUAAUCAUUAAGUUUGAGAAACAGAGAUAGCAUAUAUUCUCAGACAAAUAGUGAUUAUUAGAGUAAUAUUAGAGAACCUAUAUAUUACGAUAAAAACAUUGAACCUUCAUCAAAUAAUAUCUAGCUUCGAGGAGGAUCAUUGAGAAAAAUAGAGAAAUGCAAGAAAUCAUAGUUCUAUGUUCCGGAGAGUUCCUCAUUUACUCCAAAGUCUAAAAGAAAUUUCUCAAAUGUAACACUAUCAAUAGAAUAAAUAUCAGUUUAUGCUGCAAAUAAUUUUGCUCAAGAACAUAAUUAGCACAAUAAUUAAUUGAAGAAAUCUAAAUUCUCAUAAAAUAUAAAUGCUCACAAAGUGCAUGAAGUUGAAGACUGGAUGUCAAUAAUUGAUAGGUUUUACUUGAACAAAUAUGCUAAUAACCUUGACUAUGAGGAGGAUAUAGAACAAUUUCAACUACUUAGUUUAGCAGCUCUUUGGAUUAGUUCAAAAUUAGAAGAUGUUAUACCAAUUUUUCUAGACUAACUAAUCAAAGAAGCUGGCCAUAACAAAUUUUAAAAGCAUUAGGUAUUAUUGAAAGAGAGAGAGAUACUCAGAGUACUAGAUUUUAAAUUAUAUGAGAGAACUUUUUAUGAAGAUGCAAUGAUCUCAAUAAAGCAAUAUCUCGAUAAGAAUUGUGUCAUCUUGGUAGAAAGUUAUCAUAGACAGUUAGUUGAAGAAGAUGACUGA